AGGGAAUCCUUGUGCCACGUUGAUGGAGCGCAGUGGGGACGUGGAAUUCAGCUCCCUUCCAGCCGGGUGACCCGCUACCUGCUAGUUGGCUAGUUCUCUGCAGAUUCAAGACGAGAAUUACCAUAGCGAUCGAUUAAAGUUUUGGACCCGUGCUUGCCGCAUCCGUGAGAGUGUGAAUGCGUGAACGGGGAGCGGGCUGACAGGAUGAAGCUGAAAGAGAUCAACCGCACAGCUAUCCAGGCCUGGAGCCCAGCGCAGCAGCAUCCAGUCUACCUGGCCACAGGCACCUCUGCCCAGCAGCUAGAUGCCAGCUUCAGUACCAGCGCCUCGCUGGAGAUCUUCCAGCUGGACCUGACUGACCCGACACUGGACAUGAAGACCAGCGGCACCUUCUCAUCCCCUCACAGGUACCACCAGCUGGCGUGGGGUCCCCAUGGCAUUGGGUCAGACGGACAUCCCUCAGGGGUGCUCAUCGCUGGGGGAGAGAAUGGGAACAUCAUCCUGUAUGACCCCGCCAAGAUCCUCGAUGGCAGCAGCGACGUGGUCAUUGACCAGAGCACCAAACACACAGGCCCCGUCCGGGCGCUCGAUGUCAACCCCUUCCAGACAAACCUGUUCGCCUCAGGUGGGAAUGAGUCAGAGAUCUACAUCUGGGACCUGAACUCCUUCAGCUCUCCAAUGACCCCCGGGCCUAAAUCUCAGCCCCUGGAGGAUGUGAGUUGCGUAGCGUGGAACGGUCAGGUGCAACACAUCCUUGCGUCUGCUAGCCCCAGUGGCCGAGCCUCCAUCUGGGACCUGCGCAAGAACGACCUCAUCAUCAAAGUCAGCGACCACAGUAACCGGAUGCACUGCUCGGGGUUGGCAUGGCACCCAGAGGUGGCCACUCAGCUGGCGUUGGCGUCUGAAGACGACCGCAUGCCCGUCAUCCAGAUGUGGGACCUGCGCUUUGCUACCUCACCCCUCAAAGUGCUGGAGAACCAUACCAGAGGUGUGUUGGCCAUUGCCUGGAGUCUGGCAGAUCCAGAGCUGCUGCUGAGUUGUGGGAAAGACAACCGCAUCCUGUGCUGGGAUCCAAACACAGCCGAGGUUCUCUAUGAGCUGCCCACAAGUAGCCAGUGGUGUUUUGACAUCCAGUGGUGCCCCAGGAACCCUGCGCUCCUCUCCGCUGCUGCCUUUGAUGGCCACAUCAGCGUCUACUCCAUCAUGGGGGGCAAGAAUGACGCCGUCAGCCUCAAACAGGCUGAUCAGAUCAGCACGUCGUUUGGUAACCUGGAUCCGUUUGGCACGGGUCAGACUCUGCCACCGCUACAGCUGCCCCAAGCCCCCACUGCCCCAUCCACAGUCACCCCCCUCAAGAAACCCCCCAAGUGGAUCCGUCGCCCUGUCGGAGCCUCAUUUGCGUUUGGAGGCAAACUGGUUUCCUUGGAGAACGGCAACCCUCUCCCUCAGCCUACCCAGCAGCCUCUGCCCCGUGUGGUGCACGUCAGCCAGGUUGUCACGGAGACGGCGUUCCUGGAGCGCUCCAGUCAGUUGCAGGCCACUCUGAGUGCCGGCAGCUUCGCCGAGUUCUGCCAGACGAAGAUCGAGGCAGCGCCCAGCGAGUUUGAGAAGGCGGUGUGGUCCUUCCUCAAGGUGAACUUUGAGGACGACAGUCGUGGAAAGUACCUGGAACUUCUUGGGUACAAAAAGGAGGAGUUGGCACUGAAGAUUGCUGAGGCUCUGGAGAAGAAAGACUCCCAGCCUGCAGAGUGGGAGCCGGAGGAGGAGGUGGAACUACAACUGGAAGAAGAUAUGCUGCCAGAACCAGAGCCAGUGGCUGUGGUGGAACCGGAGAAGGAGGAGGAGAAGGAGGAGGAGGAGGAGGAGGAGGAAGCGGCUGAUGACCUUAUUGAAGAACCCUUAGAAGAUCCCACGGAGGACAUAAGCACAGGACCUGCAGAACCCGCAAGGGAACCUGAAGUGGCGGUCGAACCACCCGCACCUGCUCCAUCCGUUUCAGAACCUGUCAAACUCAAAGUUAGCAAAGAAGUGGACGGUCUGAUCACACAGGCACUGCUCACAGGCGACUUUGAGAGCGCCGUUGAUCUCUGUCUCCAUGACAACCGGAUGGCGGACAGCAUCAUCCUGGCCAUCGCUGGUGGACCGGAACUCCUGGAGAGGACCCAGAAGAAGUACUUCCUGAAGACCCAGACAAAAAUCACCAAGCUCAUCAGUGCGGUGGUGAUGAGGGACUGGCUGGACAUCCUGCAGACAUGUGAACUGCACAGCUGGAGGGAGGCCCUGGCAGCGGUCAUGACCUACGCCAAGCCUGAGGACUUCUCCAAUCUCUGUGGUCUGCUGGGCUCUCGUCUGGAGCAGGCGGAGGACUUGUCGCUGCAGGCCCAGGCGUGUUUGUGUUACAUCUGCGCUGGCAGUGUGGAGAAGCUCGUGACCUGCUGGACCAAAGCCCAGGAGUCCCAGUGCCCACUCUCACUGCAGGACCUGGUGGAGAAGGUGGUGAUUCUGCGCCAGGCGGUGGAGCGGACUCACGGGGCUCAGGCCUCCACCAUGGGCGCCAUGUUGGCACAGAAGAUGGGCCAGUACGCCAGUCUGCUGGCGUCGCAGGGUAGUCUGGACACCGCCCUGGCCUACCUGCCUGAGAACAGCAACCAGGAAGUGGUGGAGAGGCUGCGGGAUCGUCUCAGCAGGGCUCUUGGGCACCAGGCAGCCCCCGUGACUGCCACCCCCCAGGCCCCCAGUGCCCACCCUGCGCCCACCAACAUGCCCACGGCCAGGCCAGCGGCAGCGCCAGCGUACGCCUACAAUCAGCAGCACUCCGCACAGCCUGUGCCCGCCCCGGCACCCGCACACACAGCACCUCAGUACUACCAGCAGUUCAGGUCCGCCUCCACAGUCACCUCCUGGAGUAACCAAACCCCAACUGUCCUUCCCAGUGCCCCUCGGCCUCUAGGCCCUGCCCCUGAACCACAGGUUGACCCUAGUGUUCCACCAUUUGGUCUUCAGGCUCCUGUGAGUGCUGCCCCUCCUGCGUCAUCUGCCCCAGGCUACAUGCACUCACAGCAGUAUCCUCAGAUCUUUCCUCACUACAAUGCCGGGGCAGCUGCUCCCCCAGCCCUCUACAACCCUCUCCAAUACUCUUCAUCGCCCCCUUCUGGUGGGGCUGCUUAUCCUCCCUCCUCCUCUGCCCCCUACCCCCACCACUACAUGCCCUCUGCUGCCCCCUACCCCCCCAGCCCUGCCACAGCCUACCCCUCCCAUCCGCAUCAUCAUCAUCCUCCUCCUCUUCCUCACUCGCUGCCCUCUCCUCCUGCGGCCUCUGUCGCUCCCUCCUUCCCCUCUCCUCCGCCUGUCGCCUCCUCUUCCUUUGCUCCUUCCUCUCCUCCUCCGCUGAUGGGAGGAAGCACGUUUCAGCAGGGCGGGCUGGGCUCCCCCGUGUCCAACGUGCCCCCUGCACUGCUGCCUCCCGGAGCCUCAGGUACAGAGACGCAUGCCUCAGGUGACACCCAGGUGCCCGCCUCACAGAGAACAGGGUCGAUGAGCCAAGAUGAAAACGAUCUGGCUGAAGGACCUCAGAAUGGUUGGAAUGACCCCCCCAACCUGACCAGAGGCCCCAAGAAGAAGAAGGUUCUGGAUAACUACGCCCCUCCUGCCCCCAUCACCGCCCCCAUCAUGUCUCCGCUAGGGGAGCCCCAAUCCCAGGCCCCCGCGGGCCCCCCACAGCCCUACCCCCAGCCUGGCCUGCAGGCCCCCUACGCCCCCAUGCAGCACCACCCUCCCCAGGGCGUAGCCCCGGCCCCCGGACCCCCCUCUGUGCCCCUCAUGAACCUGCAGGGGGCGCCAGGAGCCCCUACGGGAGACCGCAUCCAGCCCAUGCAGAAGCUGCCAGCAGAGAAGGUAUCCAAGAAGCCGAUCCCACAGGAGCACAUGAUGCUCAAGACCACAUUCGAGGGACUCGUACAGAAAUGCCUGGCUGCUGCCUCCGAUCCGCAAACCAAGAGGAAGCUGGACGUGGCCAACAAACGCCUUGAGAUGCUGUAUGACAAGCUGAGGGAGCAGAGUCUCUCUCCAGCCAUCGUGGGUGGCCUGCACAACAUGGCGCGCAGCAUCGAGUCGCGGGCGUACACCGACGGCCUUAACAUCCACACACACAUCGUGAGCAGCAGCAACUUCAGUGAGAUCUCCGCCUUCAUGCCUGUACUCAAAGUGCUGCUUACAGAGGCCAUCAAACUCGGGGUGUGAGACAAGGGGGAGUACACACACACACACACACACACUCACUCACACACUAACACACACUCACUCACACACUAACACACACACAUACUCACACUCACACAUGCUGUAUGUGUGCACAUACAGGCACGCACAUACACACCACACAUGUAUACACACUCACACACAUUAUUUUGCACAUACACACACACAUACACACACAAACACAGAUGCUGCCACUCUACCAGUGUUAACGCAACUCUAGUCCAAGCCAUGACUGUCCUGAUCAGUAAGGUGCCCAAACGUCGGGAUGCGGGACCAAGCGCUUGACCGUUUGCCAGUCUUAUUCUCCGCUGACAUCUUAGUCACACCUCUGACGUCUGUCUUCUAUUUCCCAUUUUUGUUUUAUUUCUUUGUUUCGUUUCUUUGUUUUAUUGUCGUUUUUAUUCUGUGCAUAAUCAAGUGAGAGCAGAGUGCAAUGGGGUUACCCCAACGGAACCCGCAGAACCAACCUCACACAAAUGGUGUUUACAGAACUCAUCUUUGAACCGGGUGGCAUUCUUAGAAACCCACCCGACCACACACGGAACCCUCCUGACUGUGUUCUAAAGGCCCCCGGGACUAGUCUGCUCAAUCUCCAGUUGUCUGCCCAUCUGCGGUCUGGAGUCUUUCUGGUUCUCUGCGGGCUCCGCAGAACCAAUCUAAUCAUUAUCUAACUCUCUUAAAGCUUUUAGGGAAGACUUUUAAUCACAGUUGCAGAACGUUAGUCUGAAGAAUGCAGCAUGCUUUAAAUGAAGUAGACGACCCAAAAGGUUGUUCUUCACUCAGUCACCUUCUUUAAGCCAAACCCAAGGUGACUGACAGUGGUAGUAAUCUUGCCUUCAGUAUGUAUUAGUCAGUUAAUCUUACUACAGAUGCAGUGCUUUUAAGCUUUGGCUAUUUUAGUUCAAGAAGCAAGAUUCCGCUUGGCUUUCCUUUGCAGCUUUUUCAACCAGAGGAUCCAAAAACAAGCCAAUGUUUCCAUAAAUACUAUUUAUUUUAAAGGUUUUUAAUUUGAAAGUUGCAAUGGCAACACCUUUUAAUUAUGAGAAUAAUUGCUGCAAUAUUUUUAGUAGCAGUGAUCAUGUUGUAAACGAAGGGCUGCUCAUUGAAGCAUCCAUGUGUCUGUCCGUCACUCAUAUUAUAUUAUCACCUGGACGCUGGCUGGGGGCUACUCCUCUGAAGCUCCAGUCUGACCAGUCGGAGUCUGCUUCUGAGCUCUUUAUGAUGGCAUUAUGCGUCCAGAGAUGUUCAUGACCGAGGUUUGCAAGGGCUCAAGACCAUGAGUAACAGAUUGGACAAAGAUCUUGGCUUGACCACAGGCUUAAAAUGUAGACACAAAGGGAAUGUGUGUGUGUGUGAGUGUUUCUGACACGUCUCCGUGUACAGUAUAUGGUGUGUCUGAGGUUUCAGUUGUGUCAUGGGCCGUGAAGAUGAAAUAUUUGCCUUCGACUUAUUCAACGGAAGCAGUCUGUUCUGCAGAACACUGCAGCUUGUCCUCAGAGAUGGAGGUUCCGAGGCGUGCUGACCGCAGUCGUAUGUGGACACGUGACUCCUGGUUCUGGUGUCUUUCCUCUUCUGUGAGAUCUCUCUGAUCAUCAGUCUGAUGUAAAAUUUAAUAGCAAUCUACGAAGAAAAAACUGGUCUAAGACGUUUAUUAACAUUUCUCUGCAGACGGGUUGGAAAAGUAAUUUGUUAUCAGGAGUCUGUAAUGCUGUUUUUGAAUCUUAUCAAUAAAUGCAUAAUUAUGUAAA